CAUGCUGCCACAGUGGGGAUGUGGACCAUGGACCUGCUAGUGUGGCUAUGUACGCAACCGGGAGUCCGACGAGUACACCGGACGGCGAGACCCUCCAGGACCUGCUGAAUGCUCUCACCAAGCCGCCGAAGUGGAUGGUGGAGACGUCGACUCCCCCUGGUGUCACUGACUCAUCGGUCUUCAACAACAGCCGGACUCCCAAGGGAGAGCCAACAUGGAGAAACGGUGUUGGUACGCACAGCCGUUGGAAUCAAACCCUGAAUUCCACCACGUGGUCACUCACUGCGGGAAAUACUAUUGUGACUGGUACACCAACAAGCACAGAUGGUGAGGUUGAAACUAGGACUAUAAACAACGCCACGGAAUUCUGGUACAAAUAUGGCAUUAGUAUAACCGUUGCUGUGUUGGUGAUUGUGGUGGUUGUUGUUUUGAUCAUACAGUGUAGAAUGGUUCAUCAGAAACGACUACGAACACGCCGACUAGUUGAUUUAAUCCAAAGUGGAAAGGUAAAACGAACCGAUAAGGCAAGAGAGCAGAUCUUCGAGAGCUUUCAUAGACGGGCUACAAACGAUUCCGUGGCUGCGAUGCUUAAUACUGCCCCCACAGCCCAGCAAGAGGAGAUACCCAUGCGUCACCUCGCCCACCAUCACGACGCGCCGCACCGGCCUAUGGCACCGGUGACUGGCCGGGGCAUGAUGAUGGAACCACUCGCCAGAGUCUACCCACUACGUUUCGAGCCAGUGUGUCCGAGGGAUGCUAUAAAGAACGCCAAUCUGACCGACCCAUACCCGUACGACAACCGUCGACUGUGGAACACCACUGCGGGUUUGUACCCAAUACGGGCACACAGAUCGGUGCUGUCUGAGCCUGCCAUUGCUCGGCCUAGCAGCAGGAGAUAUUCAUCCAGGAAUCGUAUCAAGAGAAUACCGACUCGAGGGGACUACAGACUGCCCAAGUUCAACCUCUCUGGCAAAAGAAUUGUUACAUCACCAGAGACGAAUGCUUUUCUGAGGAUGCGUAACAGGGAAGUGCGACAUCAUAGCCACAACAUGGCGUAUGCUGAACCCAGCGCAAGUACAUUACUCAUGGAUCUCAACACGCCCACUCCGAAGCUCGUGGUUCCCACCAACACACCCAACACGCACUGCACCGACUCCGCCGGGGAUAACGCCUCACCACACGGCCCAGGUCUGGACUCGGACUUCGGUGCGAGUGCCGGGAUCCCGCACUUCACCGUCUCGCCCGACGACAGCAUGAACUGCGACGAGGAUACCGUGUCUGUACGUGAUGCAAGCUACGAAUGGGAUACCUACGAUCCCGCCUACAUGAAUAGAACCGUCAGCUAUGUGGACGGGGCAUACUUCCCAGUGCUUCAUAGGAAACAGUAUUGGGUCUGAACUUUAAAAAAUUAUCAUUUAUACUGGUACAAAGAAUGUUUUUUAUUCUUUAAAAAUAUACAUAUCUCGAAUAGCAACUUGCAUUGUAAUGUAAUCUUAAAAGAUCCAGGCUGAAAAAAUCACACAAAUUAUUUAAAAAAAAUGUUGGUUCAAAAUAAUAAAACAGUAAGAUUUACUUAACUGAUUUGUAAAUAUUCGUACGUCACACUUUGCUCAGAUAUUGCGAUGUGUGCAUUACGAAGACUAAUAUUGGCUGUUUAAUAUCGAUUAUAAAGUACAGUACACAAACACAUCACAAAUAACACCAAUGUAUUUUUUGGUGCACGGUGUAAAUUUUUAUUUUUGUUUGUACUUCCAAAUACACCCAUGGUAUCAAUUUAAAACCCCUGAUUUUGCAUUGUCCGUUUAUUUCUUAGAGAAGGAAUGCAUUUUCAUAACACACAUGGACAAGCUGUUUCAAUUUUGGUCUAGGCGGAAUAAGACAAUAGAACUCUGUCAUGAUGCCUCCAUCUUGGUCGUGUUCCUCAUAUAAAAAAACAAUAAUGUAUGCUAAUAAUCAUUUUGCAAAUAGGAACCACUCUAUUUUGUUCUCGGCCUCGGUUUGGUUAUAUUGAUAUCAGUGGGAGCAAUUCAAGAUGGCUGCACUGUUGAAGGUCUAUAUUUUCAUACUCUUUUUUUUGGAGAUAUAACAUUCAUUGGUGGGUUUUUUUUCUCCACAAAGUAACCUCACUUGUAUCUUCAUCAUGCAAAGUUUCAAGUCCGACUUUUUCAUUUAUUCGCCAAAUUCGCCUCUGAGGACGAAAAGAAAAGAUGUUUUGCUCUAACUUCAAAUCCAUUUAAAUCACUGGAGAUAAUGAGGCCCGGAUGUGAGAAACGGGAAACGUGUAAUUAAUUUUGGGCAAUACUUUAGUGGGUUGACAUUCAAGGCAAACUGUAUGAACGGUUUUAGAUAUUUUAGUUAUUCCGAAGUUCCAACAUUGGCCAGUAGCCAGGGUCCAUUUCAGCACAAAUACAGCUAAGCACAAAUACAGUCUUGCUUAACAGAAUAAGGUUAUCAUAACAGCCAAAAUACCAUGUCACAAGGAGGCCCUACUGUCUUUGACUGGUUGUGAAAAUUAAAGCAAACAUCUGAUUAAGGCACUGUUGGUAAUUACUCAAAAUAGUUGUUAGCAUACAACUUACUUGGUAACGAGCAAUGGAGAGCUGAU